AUGGAGUACCUGUCUGCCCUGACUCGCAGUGGCUUGCUAAGGUCGGUAUCAAAUGUCAGCUCUGAGGUAAGCCGCAGAGUCUGGACACCUGCACCCCCACCUCCACGACCUUUCCGUGUCUGUGAUCACAAGCGAGCCACCAGGAAAGGCUUAACUGCAGCCACAUACCAAGAGCUGCUGGAAAAGGCAAUAGAGACCCUGACACUGAGAGGGGCAGUCACCCUGGUGCUGGAGGAGGAUGGGACCACCGUGGAGAAUGAGGACUUCUUCCAGAUGCUGGAGGAUGACACUUGCUUGAUGGCACUGGAGCCAGGACAGAAGUGGAGCCCCUCCAGGAGUGGGAUGCUGUCAUACGGCCUAGGCCGAGAGAAGCCUAAGAACAGCAAGGACAUUGCCAGCAUCACCUUUGACGUGUACAAGCAAAGCCCUCGAGAUCUCUUUGGCAGCCUGAACGUCAAAGCCACGUUUUAUGGGCUCUACUCCAUGAGCUGCGACUUUCAGGGACUCAGCCUCAAGAAAGUUCUCAGGGAGCUGCUGCGCUGGCUGUCCACACUGCUGCAGGGACUGGGCAGCGCGCUACUGGGCAUCUCCUCCACUCUGCGCCAUAUAGUAGAGGGGGUAGAGCAGCUGCAGAGGCAAAACCGCCUCCACCACCAAUACUGAGGGGCUGCCAAUAUCUGCUCUGGGCAUACCCCAGAGACACUCUCAGAACUGUGAGCAUGUUUGAAAUGGGAGUCCUCGAGUCAGAGCAGACAAGGGGGCUAAGUACUUCAGAAAGGGACUGGGUCAGCUGACCCCAUCAGCAAGGGCUUUGAUGAGUUGAAGAAUGCUGUCCAGCUUCCCACUUAUCCCGAAAGACCUCGGUCUGGUUCUUCACCCAUUUUCCCAAC